AAAACAUAAACCCUCACUAUCUAAUCACAUUUCCAAAACUGAAGCCUAAAACCCUAUUCGCCACCACUUCUUCCAGAUUCUUCCGUUUACCUCUUUAACAGCAGCAACACACAACUCUCUUCCAGACCCUCAUUCCUUCUUCUCGAAAUCGUCUAGCAUCUUCUGCAAUCAUGUAUCGUUUCGCAGCAAAUCUUGCUUCUAAAUCAAGGAUUGCAAAUAACAAGGCUCAGCAGAUUGGAAGUAGGUUAAAUUGGAGCAGAAACUACGCAGCCAAAGACAUCAGAUUUGGAGUCGAUGCUAGGGCUUUAAUGCUUAGAGGCGUUGAAGAGCUUGCUGAUGCUGUUAGAGUAACCAUGGGUCCAAAGGGGCGUAACGUGGUGAUCGAACAAAGUUAUGGACCUCCUAAAGUAACAAAAGACGGUGUAACAGUGGCAAAAAGCAUCGAAUUCAAAGACAAAAUCAAGAACGUUGGUGCAAGUCUUGUCAAACAGGUUGCUAAUGCUACAAACGAUGUAGCUGGUGAUGGUACUACAUGUGCGACAGUUCUCACUCGAGCAAUCUUUUCAGAAGGAUGCAAGUCAGUUGCAGCUGGUGUGAAUGCAAUGGACCUUCGACGUGGUAUUUCCAUGGCUGUUGAUUCUGUGGUUACAAAUUUGAAGAGUAGGGCUCGUAUGAUAAGUACUUCUGAUGAGAUCACACAGGUAGGUACAAUUUCUGCAAAUGGAGAACGUGAGAUAGGUGAACUGAUAGCCAAGGCUAUGGAGAGAGUUGGGAAAGAAGGUGUCAUCACAAUUCAAGAUGGAAAGACGUUGUAUAAUGAACUUGAAGUUGUGGAGGGAAUGAAGCUGGACAGGGGAUACAUAUCUCCACAUUUCAUCACAAACACAAAGAAUCAGAAAUGUGAACUAGACGACCCCAUUGUUCUAAUCCAUGAGAAGAAGAUAUCAAGCAUUAGUUCUAUAAUCAAAGUGUUAGAGUUGGCACUUAAGAAACAAAGACCAUUACUUAUUGUUGCUGAAGAUGUGGAGAGUGAAGCAUUGGCUACCUUGAUUCUCAACAAGCUUCGUGCUGGCAUUAAGGUUUGUGCCAUUAAAGCUCCUGGAUUUGGUGAGAACAGAAAGGCAAAUCUCCAAGAUCUUGCCACUCUCACUGGAGGCCAGCUUAUAACAGAAGAACUUGGCAUGAAUCUUGAGAAUGUGGAGUUUGAAAUGCUGGGCUCUUGUAAAAAGGUCACUGUGUCCAAAGAUGACACAGUUGUUCUUGAUGGUGCUGGUGAUAAGAAAUCUAUUGAAGAGAGAUGUGAACAGAUAAGGUCAGCAAUUGAGUCUAGCACAUCUGAUUAUGAUAAAGAAAAGUUUCAAGAAAGGCUAGCCAAGCUUUCUGGUGGUAUUGCUGUACUAAAGAUUGGAGGAGCUAGUGAUACUGAAGUAGGGGAAAAGAAAGAUAGAGUUACAGAUGCUUUAAAUGCCACAAAGGCAGCUGUUGAAGAAGGAAUCGUGCCAGGUGGCGGUGUUGCUCUUCUUUAUGCAUCUAAAGAGUUGGAAAAACUACAAACAGCCAACUUUGAUCAGAAAAUAGGUGUUCAGAUAAUUCAAAAUGCACUAAAGAUGCCAGUUCAUACAAUUGCAUCUAAUGCUGGGGUUGAGGGUUCUGUUGUUGUUGGGAAGCUUCUAGAGCAGGAUGAUCAGGAUCUUGGGUAUGAUGCAGCUAAAGGUGAAUAUGUGAAUAUGGUGAAAAAUGGAAUCAUUGAUCCCUUGAAAGUCAUAAGAACAGCCUUGGUUGAUGCAGCAAGUGUGUCUUCUUUGAUGACGACUACUGAAGCUAUUGUGGUUGAACUCCCGAAGCCCGCUAGUGAAGGUGCUCCUGGAAUGGGUGGUGGAAUGGGAGGAAUGGGUGGAAUGGACUUUUGACCGGUCAAAGGAUAUUGACAUACAUUUUACUGACAAAAUAAAACACAAACACUUGAGGAGGGUAAAGAAGGCAUAGGUGUGAUUAAAAUGCAAGAGAAGUAGUAAAAAUUUUCAUUUUUUUUGUCGGCAUUUGGAUUAUGAGAGUGACGUGUUAUCAUGAAAAAAAGUUUAUUUAGUGAUGAGUUUUGUGGUGAACAAUUUCAUCAUCUUUACUUGGAUAUCAUUUGAAUGUUUGCUAA